AUGGAUCCCAGCUCAGGUGUACCAGUGUUAAUGGGGAUGUUGGAAACAUAUGGCCUGUACUCAGGUACGAGUCACCCAGCCCACAGUGCCUUCACCAUUCUCCCAAGGUGGGGAGGGGGACAGUGGCACAUAGGAGACAAACUUGAGGUUAUGAUUCAAAUGCACGAUUUCCAGGGACACUUGAAGAGGUCUGGGGGAGAUGUCUUACUUGCCCGGCUGCAUAACAUAACCCUUGGUGCUGGUGUGGCAGGGCAAGUGUUAGAUCAUCUUAAUGGCUCCUACUCUGCUAUAUUCACUUUACUUUGGGAAGGAAACGCCCAGGUUCAGGUGAUACUGGUUCACCCCAGUGAGGCAGUCACAGAGCUGAGAAGGCUGAACACAGAACAUCCUGACAGGGUUUUCUUCAAGAGCCAGUUCCAGUUAGGCUCAGUCACUGAAACUACCACUUGCAAUGUAUGUCUACGUCCAACCCAGCAGCCUGUGUGCAACUACACUGACCUCCAUACAAAUGAGCCAUGGUUCUGCUACAAGCCAAAAAGUCUAAGCUGUGAUACCAGGAUCAGCAACUUCAAGGGAGGAUAUAAACAAAAAAUUAGCACCAUGGAGAAGCUCUUUCAGAGUGGUGUCAAUCUGAAAGUCGCUAUUCCUCCUUCAGGAGUGGCGAGAGUCAACGUUUUGCCCAAACAGAACGAUCUAAAGGCAUUUAACAUGCAUAGCCAGAAAACAAUUGGACCUUUGAUGUCCCUGGACUACAAAAACAACAUUUUGGUGACAUACCGCACCCACGGUCCUCCUCUACGAUCCGUCAGUGUCCCAGCCAUUGAGCUGCAUUAUAUUGCCAAUGAGCUCGACGAGGUGCCUGGAGGCAGGGACACGGUCAUAGUGCUUGGUAUCUGGGCACACUUUGGCACUUUCCCUAUUGAGUUCUUUAUCCGCCGGCUGCAGACCAUCCGCAGAGCGAUGGUCCGGCUGCUGUCCAGGGCUCCAGACACACUGAUUGUCAUUCGGACUGGAAACCCCAAAAGUUUGAAGACCUUCCUUCAUGCAUCUACUAACAGUGAUUGGUACUCAUUACAGCAGGACAAGGUGCUCAGGGAUAUGUUCAAAGAACUGAAUGUCCAUCUAGUGGAUGCCUGGGAGAUGGUUGUGGCCCACCAUCUGCCACAUGAGCUCCACCCACAACCUUCAAUUAUCAAGAACAUGAUUAAUGUUCUUUUGUCCUACAUAUGUCCUCAAAAGGGCGGAUAG